CACAGAGCAAGAGCAACUGGCUCAAGGAAGUCUGUGUGGGACUGGACGGAGGCCGCCAGCAGGGUCGGGGGCCAGGCUAACUCCCACUCUGUGUUCCCCGCUCCGGCCACCUCCUUCCUCUGGGGCAGGGCCCUGGUGGUCCCUGGGUGGACCCCGCCUGGCUGGUUCUGUUGGUGAAUGCUCAGUGCCCAUCGCCCCAGACCUAGUUUUUCAUCUGACUUUGCUAACAUCUCUUUAUUUUCACUCAUCUAAACAAAUACUACAGGACAGAAGUAGCAGGAAGUCUGACUUGAAGGCGAUGCAUUUCAUCACCAGGGUCUCUGCACCAACAGCGUUAUCAGGGUGGCCAGAGGGGGCUGGCUUUAAUCCAUGGACAUGAAAGGAAUGGCUUGUGACCGUCCUGUUCAUCACACAGAAAAGAGUUGUUUUUAGUUUAAGCACCUUUGAGACAUUUCCCUAAGCAGCUCCUGUUUGAUUGCCCUUAUUUUCAUCACAGAGAUGCUGUGGGAGAUGUGACGGGCUUCUCUUGUUAUUCUCAUGGUCCGUCUCUCCUCCAGUCUCUGUUCUUGACCUUUCUUAACAGUUCGCACAGUCUGUCCUCAGAUGUGUCACGAGUGCCUGCUGCACCGGGCUCAGGGCGUGCGGUGGCGGAAGAGGCAGAGUCCCUGACGGCCCUUGGAGAUGGACAGUUAGAGCCCACCGACCAGUGCGGCAAGGGCCCCGGAGGGAGCCUGGGGUUGGGCUGUGAGUGCCACCAGCAGGGUUCAUCGCUAGGCUGGGGAAGGGCCGAGGGAAGGCGCCCCUCCCUGAGAAAGUGACAUUUGAACCUAAGGACGAGCUGGGUUUACUUCACGCAGAGGCGUGAUUCUCCGCACAAGGUUAGGUGAUGGAAGCCAAGCUGGAUAAUCGUCCCACCCAGCUGGUAAGGCUCAGCUUCCUUGUCUCUGGGAGCCUGACUGCAACUCUCACCCUGUGUGUCCUCUGAGCUCAUGCAGCCCCGACAACUCAAAAUCACACAUUCCAGUGCCCGAGGGACAGGCUCCCUGCCUCUGGAACCAUGGCCAAGCUCCUCCUUCCUCUCGGGGUCCCGUUUUACCCUUGGUCCUCCAGGCUGGAGAGUGUUCCUUAGGGCCGGGCCCACGCCCGUCGGCCGCACUGCGGCUUCCGAAGGGCUCGUUGGUUUGACCUGUCCGUGCUCUGUCUUGGGGGCCUCUCCUAUCGCAGCGCUCAAACCAAGAAGGGAAGGGAGAGGGGGAAGAGAGGGAUGGGACCCACCACGCAGAAAUGGAGCACAGUUCACAGCAAUCCCACAGACAGCACUAAAAGGCAAACGGCAAACGGGGGGAAGUAUCUGCAAAAAUGACAAACUAAGGAUUCGUAUUCUCAAAAAGCAAUGUAUACAAAUCAGUAAGAAGGAGAUCCUUACAGACAUUUCACAGAUGAAACCCCAGUUGUUAAUGUGUAUUUGGCAGAGUGUGCAGCCUAUCAGUAAGCAGACGUAGAAGUGAAAACAAUGUAUUUUCACCUGUCAAAUUUUCAGCGGUGAGGAAAAGGUAGCACCCAGUGUGGGGCUGGCUGACGGGGAAGCCGGCACCCCGUGCAGCGCUGGAGGCCAUGCGCGCUGGUGGAGCAUCUGGAAAGCGUCUUGGAAGUAGGUCUAAAGAUCCUGAGCAAUGUUCCUUCUCCAGCCACUAAUGCCAUUCUGAGAAUCUAUCUGAGGAGUGAGCAGUGACACGGGGAGCUUCUCAAGAGACCAGGUUAAACAACAGAGGUUGGGCGUACAAGCGGUGUGAUACACAACCCCGCUUACAUUACACACCCUCAUGCAUAAACAUUUUCUUUGGGUGAUUUGGGGGGGGAUUUUUUUCUUAUGGGUGAUUUCGAUCAUCACACUUUACGUAUUUUGUAUUUCUCAUAUUUUCUACAGUAAGCAUUAAAAAAAUCAAGGGGGAAAAGCCUCUGUGACGUGUGUAACGAUGGAACCAAAUCCAGAAAUUAACUGUAGGAGUCAGAGUCGAAUCACUAGCACAACUUGUCACUUUGCAAGAAUCAGGAAAUAGGUGUUGAGGUGUGUCCCAAAACUCUCCAUAAGGUUGAGGACAGAGGUCACCAGGCCACACGGCCGUGGCUGGGCCAAUUUUGCGGGUGAGGUCAUGUGGCUCUUCACCCUGCGACACUGGGCACAGCCUGUCCCCUUGGCGGCUCGGUUUCCUACUCUGUGCAGUGGGGUGGGAGGGCGUCAGGCCAGUACCUCAGAGGGUCUUGGCAGAUACCAGCUGGGGCGGUAGCCGUCCUUGAAGAAGGGAACGCUGACUUUGCCUGGUUACACUGCCGAGAGGGGCGGAGUGCUGGCACCGCGGGCUCCAGGCUCCGGCUCCUCACCUGCUCAGGCCCCGUGACCUGGUCACGACCACCACGCUGCCCGGCCUUGGUCCGGCCUCUUGGCAGCCCCGGGCCCACUCACAGGCGGCUAGUCUGACCGCUUGGCUUUGUUGCUUCCUCGUCCGUCUGCCCUGGAGGAGCAGGAAGCAGGGAACCGCGGGCUUUGGAGCUGUGUGGCGGAGGCAUGAGCUCCAAGGCUGUUGAGGAGCCCCACCUGGCCGGGGAGAGGCGUCUCCUCCCUCCGGGCCCCUUCCUCUGGGACAUUUUUGAGAUGGUUUGGCUCUCAGGGCUGAGCUACCCUGACUGUGGGAAGGCGUCGAGGCCCCUUCCUGACGUGGGGCGGCCCCGCCCCUCCCAGCCCACGCUCACCUGUGCGUUCCCGUCCACACUUGUGCUCUGCCAGCUGCGCAGCCUUGAUAAGGCCUCCUGCGCUCAGAACCCUUUCCCGGGACCCGACGGGUUACGGUAAUACUGCCCGGGUGCCUCUGAAGCUGUGGCUCUCAGGCGUGAGCGGGUCUCAGGGCCCGCCCUCCCACUGCGCCUCCUCACGGAUGGGGCUGGAGCCUCCCAGCUGCCUGGUGGACUGAUCCUCCUUCACACCCAGGCAUAAACUGAACAGCCUGCAGGGAAGACCAACCAACAGAUGCAUGGAAAGACGGCUUCCCUGAAGAGCACAGAAAAACUAGACAGGGUCCAGAGACCCCCAGACUCCAGUCCGCACUGGCCAGAAGGCGUGAAGGAUGAAAACAUAAAGAAGUGUGGCCGAGAAGGGACACUACUGAGUAAAUACAACCAGCAAUACCACAGGCUGUUUAAGGACGUCCCCUUGGAGGAGGCGGUUCUCAAAGUGUGCUCCUGCGCCCUCCAGAGGGACCUCCUUCUCCAGGGCCGGCUCUACAUCUCCCCCAACUGGCUCUGCUUCCAUGCCAGCCUCUUCGGCAAGGAUGUCAAGGUGGUCAUUCCCGUGGUGUCGGUGCAAAUGAUCAAAAAGCACAAGAUGGCGCGGCUCCUUCCCAACGGCCUGGCCAUCACCACCACCAGCCAGAAGUAUGUCUUUGUGUCACUGCUCUCCCGGGACAGCGUAUAUGACGUGCUGAGGAGGGUGUGCACCCACCUGCAGCCUUCCAGCAAGAAGAGUCUGAGUAUAAGAGAGUUUCCAGAGGAACCUGAGUGCGAGUCUCUGGAAGUCCUCAUCCCCGAGAUGAAGUGGAGAAAAGUGUGCCCUGCCUCCAGGUCCCUGUCCCUCCCGGACAACAUCCCUUGUAUCCCUCAGGCAUCCAUGGGCUCCACGGAUGGCUUCUUCCCCUCCAGGAAGCCUCUGGGGUCUGAGAGCGCUGUCAGGGAGGAGGAGACGCUGGAGGAGGAGACCCAGAGCGCCGGGGAGCUGAGGCUCUGGGAUUACCGGCUCCUGAAGGUCGUCUUCGUGCUGAUCUGCCUCCUGGUCGCGUCCUCAUCCUACCUGGCCUUCCGCAUCUCCCGGCUGGAACGGCAGCUGCGCUCCCUGAGCUGGGCUGGCUCAGUCCCUGGGCACAGGUAACAGCCACUUGGCCUUUGUCCUCACUCCUCCGAGAAGAAUGCUCUGGGUGCUGAGGUGCCACCAACGGUCCCCUUGAUUGCUGCUGCUGCUGCGCUGAGACUGAGUCUGAAGGAAGACACUCCAGGUCCCUCCUCCUCCCCCCAGCUCUUCUCCCUCCUUUCAUGAGUGAUCUGAAGUGUCUGUUUACAAAGCUCCUAAAUUUUGGGACUCAGACAAAAAGCCAGAUUUUUGGAGCUAGCUGAGGAAUUCUGUUCACUAAGCUUCAGCAACCACUUAAAUGAAAAAAAAAAUUAACUUGUUCCUUGAAAACAGUCCUGGCACACAGGCAGAGCACUAGGAGCCACCCCAAGGGACAGAGGCCAUGCUUUGAUACUUGACUGUCACAUGGCUCACUCCAGUGGUGGGACAGAGGCCAGAACCCAAACCGCCAGUGUGGGGCCCUGCGGUCUCCCAACAUACUGUGGAGUCCCUGGGGUCCCCGUGAAUCCCUGUUCUGGGCCUCAGAGGGCUUCUCUCCAGGCAGCCAGGCACCCACCGGGGCAGACUGGAGGGAGGUGAGGCAAGCUCUGAAUGAGAAGAGGCCUGUGGUCAGGACUCUUAGCAGGAGAGGACCACGUCUGUGUGCUGCACUGAGACUCUGUUCUGGCCCCUCACACAGAGGUGGGCUGAACCUGGGCGGACACGGCCUACAGCAGGGGCCAGGGGCUGCGAAGGAAAACAGAGAUCUAGCAUUCUGUGUCCUCAGCUGCCACUUCCUGGUGAGGCAGGUGGAGCAGGGCCUUUGUUCACUGUGGUCACGGACCUGGUGCUGGACCUUCCCCCGGUGUGCUCAGACAUCGCCAGGGCGCCCCAGGUGGGACAUAGGGGAUGGGAAGGGCGGUGGCUCUGAGCUGAGGUCUUGCUUUGUACUCCCUGCCUGACUGCCCGGAUCUCGGGCUCGGCUGGGCAGCUGGGCGGCUGGGCGUGAUGGUGUCAGGGCCCCGGGGCAGAGCUCGCUGUGUCACCUGCAGUCAGUGUGUUUGUUGCAGGCCAUGUAGAAGGGUCCCCCACUCCAUGGGCUCCAUUCUCCAGGAGUUAGAUGGGGGUGUCCAAGGAGGGCCUGGCACAGUGCAGGGGCCAGGCCAAGGGGGUCUGUCUGAUACCUCUGGGGACAAGAAAGGUAGAGAGUAGAAAGUGCGGACACAGUAGAAAGGGUGGUGGCUUUGCCUUAGAGAUUCUUUCUUCUCAACUGUCAAGGUCUUCUCAAUACUAAAAAGCUUUUCUGUGCCUUAAAACUCUGGCCUGCUCUCCCUGAAACGCCCAACUGCUAAGACGUACCGUUGGAAGUUCUGGAAAGGCCUUUGUGAGGAGGCCAGAGGUAGCAGGGAAAAAGUCACUGGUGAUGGGGUGGGUGGUGUCAGAAAUAGCUACUGUUUUCCCCUUUUCAGACACCUGAGAGGUAAACUGGGGAGAAAUCCAGGUGGAAAUUACUCAGUGUGGCCAUCGCUGUGAUGGUCCUGUUUAUGACACAUCCAAAUGCCCACCCGGGAGACUGUCGGGAGGUGACAAUGCUCUAAGCUCAGACUGGAGACCCUCAUCCCCUCUCCAUCCCAGGCUCCAGGACUGGGCUUAGAGCUUGGCCUUGUGGGCCGCUUGCACCAAGUCUGUAUGUCUCAGGUGCAACGGCCCUGUUCCCUUCUCCACAGUGCUACGCUGGGUGAGUUUUUUGGAACCAGCCCCCUUCAUCACUCCUUUCCAUCAUAUUUUCAGGGAAAUAAUCCAACUUGCCCCAGUGCCUCCCCUCCCUGGUCCUUGCUGAAGGGCAGGGAGAACAGGUCCAUUCUCUGAGCCUUGCUGAGUUGAGCCAGAGGCCAUGAGAGGUGCCAAGUCAUGGGUGGCUGUGCCAACCUGUUGGUGAAUCGAGUCUCCAGCCAUGCCCCGGGCUCAGAGAGGGCGAGAGGCACGUAGGGGGCUAGGUGGCUUUGGAUGCCCUCUUGGGUCCAGGGCUUGGAGUGGUGUAAGUGUGCCUGUCCCUCAACCAGCAUAUCUUCUGUUCAUAAACCACGUGUAUUUAUACAGACCUGCUGGCAUUGGCGGAUGCGCCUCUGAUUCCCUGAGAGCUUGGUUCAACUGUCCUUGGGUUGUUCCAUGAUGGCAUUAGCCUUUGAAAAUAUUUUUAAAUAAAGAAUCUGAUUUUUCUAGUGUC